AGUUAAUAAUAAGUAAAAUUGAGUAAUUUAUUAAAUCUGCUGAAUUUACUGCUAUUAGUGCAUUACUAGUCUAAGCUCCUGCAAAAAAACUGGUUUAUUCGAAAAAUKUAAUACACUGAAAUGUUUAGUGUAUUAACUUAGAAAGCACGAUUCGUUUAGCAAAACUUWAUAAACAAAUAAAUUGAAACUUUGUUAAGCAAGUGCAAUGCAAUAUUUUACAAAGAAUAGUUKAAAUUUUGCAYAGAAUCGAAUGGCUACUUCGCUUUAAAGCUGAAGCAAAAUGUUGCUAGGGGGUUGAAACAAUUUCUGACAGCCCAAACCCCAUAAAACCUAUUUUCCACUUUUACAUUUUUUGCUAUCCAGGGAUUUCUCUUGCGCGUAGUUGUAUUUCGUAACAUAAGGCAAGAAACAUGCCGUUUUAAAUAACCCUCUUUCUUUAUUAUAUUAACUUUUCGCGUUUUAAAUUUGGUGCUCAAAUUCAUUAUUGUGUUAAUUUCAAACACUUGAAAUUUAUGUUUGUUCUACCUUCCUUUGCUCCCGUCUUUGGCUUAUCUCAGCUAUUGUUAGUUGUUACGCAAAAAUACUGAAUGCUUCAACUCAGUAAUUUCUUGCUACUUAAUCUUUAAUUUAGUAAUAAUAAUAAACUUGCAUCGAUUGAAAAGUUUUCCGGGCGUAUAAGCCAUGGACCAUUGAAACUGCUUCGUUCCUUCUUACCGCCCUUACAAGCCAAAUAAAUCAAAGCAUUCAUUGCACCAACAAUACUUUGCAGUAUAAUAAAACCUAUUAAUUUUACAUUAAUACAGUGUAUAAUAAUAGAACAGCAUUUUAAUUCAUUGCUAAUGGCUAUUCGCUAAAACUAGUACAAAGAAACCACGCCUUAGAAACAUUAAUGAUUAAUUAGGCUUCUAUAGCGCUAAUUGGCUCUGCGUAAAUGAAGAAGUAUUUUUCAUCCCUUUGUUAGGGGGCGGCCCUACCCUGCUUAAUAUGCGUUCGUAAUUAAAUCACUCUAAAAGAAAGGGAAACCGAAUCAAUUCGAUGGCGGGAUUCGACAUUACUUCGUAUCUCUUCUGUACUUCUACACAUAGAAUUUUGCUAUGUUUUUCUCUUUUUCACUAAGCGCAGGCCUGAGAAACGAUUCACCCCAAAUAUGUCGAAAUCCACAACCCUAGAACACUAAACAGUAGUGCGGGUGAAUUUUUACACUUAAACUGGUUAAACCCCGAUGGUUUAUUCGCCUUCCAACUAGCGGAAUGAAUUGUCGAUUUUCAAAAUUUUUCCAAUUAUUUGUACUGAAAAUGUGCUUUUAUCGGUCAAUAAAACAAAGUAAUUGGCAAUAAUUCGAAAUUCGAAGAAAUUUAGGCUACUGUUAAAUCGAUAUACCGACAGUUAGACCUUGUUAAACAAUUGGAAAAGCGCCAAAUUUAAAAUCAAUGUAGUAAGAAAUGGUUUUUGAGGGAGCAAACAAUGGUUUUGAGCACAGAGUGGUCUCAGGUGGAAGUUAUUGAUCUGGUUAAUGAUGGUUCAGGAUUAGGGUUUGGGAUUGUUGGUGGGCGUAGCACGGGGGUCGUCAUAAAAUCAAUUCUUCCCGGCGGAAUAGCUGAUAAAGACAGCCGAUUACAAAGUGGUGAUCAUAUUCUGCAGAUUGGGAAUGUUAAUUUGAGGGGAUUUUCAGCGGAACAAGUCGCUUCAGUUCUAAGGCAAACUGGAUCUGAAGUGAGAAUGGUGGUAGCUCGACCAAUUGAACCCACUUCCAUAGACUUUGAAACGUAUCGAUGUAGCGCUCCGAUUGUUCCAACUAAGAUUCUGACUGAUUCUGAAGAACUGGAUCGACAUCUGCUGCAAAAUGGGUAUUCUACAUAUUUUGAUAUAAAAAAAGAUUCUAACAUUAUAGAAGAAAAUUGCGAAAUAGAACCAGGUAUUAUAUGCGACUCCAUCAAACCCACCAUAGAUGUAAUAGAAAAUGGCUUUGAAGUCAAUGAAAAUUUUGGUGCUAUCAGUAAAGUGAAGAGUGCGGAUAUUUGUGAAACUGUGCAUUUCAAAAACAAUAACAAUAUUGAUUACAGCAACUUAACUUCGCCGAAAUGCGAAUCACCCGAUGAAAGUGAGAGUCCAGUAAGUACUAGUCAGAUAAUUGUAACACCAGUUGAUUUCAAAUACAAAGAUCCCGAAACGGAGAAAUAUACGGUUAUUCUCAAUAAGAAAGAGACUGGAUUAGGUAUCACUGUGGCUGGAUAUGUAUGCGAGCGGGAGGAUUUGAACGGCAUUUUUAUCAAACAAGUUGCAGAAGAAUCGGAAGCAUUUAAAUGCAACUUAAUUAAUGUUAAUGACCGAAUUAUAGAAGUUAAUGGAAAAUCGUUGCUUGGUUUAAGCAAUCAACAAUCGGUGUCAGUGCUAAAGGAAACUGGAAAUUCAGUUCAAUUAACUUUUGAAAGAUAUUUAAGCGGUCCUAAAUUUGAGCAAUUGCAAGAAGCUUUAGCUACACAAGAAAGAAGAGAGAAGAACUCACCUUCACCUUCCAUCCAAACUUUAACUUGGAUUCCCAUUGACAAUAAUGAGCGAAAUGUGACUAAGCCAGAAAAAGAGUCACUAGCAUCCGACCAAAACCCUGAGACCAAAGAAAUCUUCAUUGAGGAAGACUUCAAGUCAAAUCCGGAAGAAGAUUUAGAGACUGUGAUAAAGCAAAAGUGGGAAAACCUCUUAGGCAAAGAUUCAAAUAUUGUUGUAGCCAAUCUGACGAAAUUAAAAGGGCUGGGAAUCAGUUUGGAGGGUACAGUUGAUGUGGAAGACGGAGUCGAAUUACGUCCAAGACACUAUAUAAGGUCCAUUCUGCCUGAAGGCCCGGUAGGCCAAAAUGGAAAACUAAGUCCCGGUGACGAAAUCCUAGAAGUGAAUGGCCAGAAGUUACUAGGCAUAUCUCAUGUAGCCGUAGUGAAGAUACUUAGGGAACUUCCUAACGCUGUGCGAUUGGUCUGUUCCAGGAAAGACUUGGAUAACAGAGUAAUCAACACAUCUCAAGAUCGAGAGGCUUUCCAGCAAAGAAACAUUUUAGGUGGCAGUUUGAAAAAUUUACUACCCCAGCCCGAACAGCGCUUGAUUAAAGCUUUAAGUGAUACAAGCCUACAUACAUCUAGCACAGUAACAGUAACCGAUGAACAGAGUAGCCUGAAGAAAGAAAAAUCGCGCUCCUUGGAAAUUACAAACGUUGCCAUGUGGAGUGAAGAAGUGGACAAUGUAAAACUGGUGAAGAACGACAGAGGUCUUGGAUUCUCAAUUUUAGAUUAUCAAGACCCGGUUGAUCCCAAGUCUACCAUUAUAGUUGUGAGGAGUCUGGUUCCAAAUGGACCUGCUGAAGCCAACGGUCAAAUAACUCCAGGAGAUAGAAUAAUAAGUGUGAAUGAUGUAAUCAUCAAAAACUUCACACUAGACCAAGCUGUGCAGACCUUAAAAGGCACUUUGCCAGGAAUUGUUACUUUAGGAAUAUCGAAACCUCUGCCUUGUUCUCGACAGAGUGAAGCUGUGAGCAGCAGUAUUACGUAGCUGAGUAAAGGUAAAUGGAAAGUGCAAUGGAAGAAAGAACGUUAAAAAUUUGAUCAACUUUAUGGCAUAUUUUAUUAGAUUAAAAUUGCCGCAAUCAGUAAUCAGGUUUUAUGCACAAAAGGUAAAUAUUUUACUUACUCAAAUAAUGUGGAUUCAAUUUUUGGAUUUGGAGAAUGUUCAGCGGACUGAAUUCAGUAAAAUUUUAAAUGAGUGUAUAAGUAUUAUACUUAGAUGUUGGUUUUAUCAAAUGCACUGAAUCUUUUAAAAUAUUUGUGUUUAUAGCUAUAUAUUUUAUAUGUUUUACUAGCCGCUGUCGCAACACAUACGAAAUCUGAUAUAUAUUUCUGGAUAUAUGUUUAUUUUUUUAAUUAUUAAUGGUUCAAAUGAGUUUGAAAAUCCCUUUUAAUUUUUUGUUAGAAAUAUUUUUAUCCCCAUAUUUAUGACUUGCGGAAUUGACUUUCUUAUUGCAAUACCAUUACCUAUACAAAGCAUCUUAUCAGUGACAAUAAAGUAAAUUUUAGUUAAAUUAAUCAUAUGCUUUACUCUUAUACAAACAUACUAUGUAUUGUGGAUUCGAUGUUUCUAAAUUUGUGUUGUUUGGUUGAAAAAAUGCUACACAAUUAUGUCAUCAUGCAAUAAAAUUAUUUAAAUUCAAGUAACAAAACCAUCUACAUUCAAUAAUCACUCUCGUAUGCGAUGUAAAACGUAACUAUCAAUCGUUACAUUAAGCAAGAGAUAAAUCUUGUACAAAAUAACUUAAGUUAGUGCUAGUUUAUUUACUGCUGUGAUACUCAUGAUCUUCUCAUUGUCAAUAUUUAAGUUGUGAACGUUAACAAGUAACGUUAACGUUUAGUUUAUUAUAUAGACUUGAAAAUUAAACCACAGAAAAGGUACCAUCUUGCUGUAUGAUAUGACUAUCUUUGAACUGUAAAUCUCAGAAUGUAAAGACAAUGUAAAUGUAAAUGUCAUAAGAUGUAAGCCAACAGAAGGCUUACAGAAUACCGCAGACAAGAAAUAAUGCUAAUAUUUCUACAAGUGUAUAGCCAUUCUUAGCACAAUCACUGCUGCCUUUUAGAUUUAUAUUUAAGAAAAACAAUUUUCCAAUUAAAGGUAGUUUUUUAAAUCAAAAUGAAAACAAUUUGUCAGACAUGCAUUUGCAGUUAUAUUUGCGAACAGUGUAUAAAAUACGCCUGAAGAAUUUGUUUUUGAUGUAUUCAGGUACUUACCUGUCAUAAUUAACUGAAUUCGUAUUAAGUAAAUGUAAUAUUUUAUUAAUGUAAAUGUAAAAUGUUGGGAUGAUGUAAAGACUGUACAAUACAAGCAACGAAGAACAGAAGAGAUUCCUGAUGAAUCGUGAAAUGACUGGAACUGGGUGUAAAACGAUAUGCAAACUAAUUUGCCCUAAAAAUAUAUAUUUUUAAAAUUAUUUAAAACAAAUGUUGGUCCUCGGUUUGGAAGUAUUAAUGGUAUAUUUAAAACUAAAUUGACUUAAUUUGGUACAUUUUAACGGUGUCUAUAAAAUAAAAUCUCAAUAGUUUUGCAUUUUGAAUUAGAAAGUAAAUGUUUAUAUCUAAUGUGUUCUAUAGUUCACUAAAAUCAAAAAUGCAAGCUAGUUUCGUUUAGAUGAGCUAAAUAAAACAAAUACAGUUCUGUCCUCGCUACAAAAUUUUAUGUAUAUCCAAAUAUUUCCAUUACUUUCAUGCGAUAUUUAAAUACAUAGUGGGUCACUUUUUAGCAGCUUUAGGAUUACAAAAGUGAAAAAUCGAUUUUAUAUUAUUUACCGUGAGUUUGUUAUUGGAGUUUCAACUUAACAACAAAAUGAAUCUACAUUUUAUAGGAUAGCUGGAAAUAAGUGACUCACUAAGUUAAAUGAUUUUAGUAACGUUUCCAGGCAAACGUUUGCAUUCAAGUCUAGCGAUUCAUGUUUUAUUAAACAUUGUUGUCUACCUCGUUUACUAUUUUAAAACAUUUGUGCAUCCCUCUUUUAUGAAAUAUACGAUAUGCAUUUUUUAGUUGAA